UGGUGAAACGAAGAUGGGGUGGCUGGUCCGGGUGCCACCGCCUCCGACCAAAAAGAAAACGCAAGCGGACGACAAGUUUUUCGUGGUCGUGAAGGAGCCGGACAUGUUCUGUUGGCAGUGUCUCGCCGACAUGACUGAUGCCGAGAAACUGUCGAUCCUUGACGACAUUCUCACGCUAAGGGGAGUGUUCGUGCAAUCCGCGGAUGGCCAUCUGAAGCGUCAGCAUAAACCAGGAAUUAAAGACAUGGUCGCGAUGAGGAAAGUGGACCGUGUGAUGCUCCGUAUGUUCCACUACAUCUUGUUCCUUGAAACGGAGGAGGACGAACGUGUUUGGCGCCACGGGAGCCCUUUUUUUCGGACCGAGGGGAAGCUUCUAGAGGAGUUCGGGCCGCAGGGCCUCACGAAACAGGUGUGGGUCGAAAUGCGAAAGCAUUUCCAGGGCGCGGUGGAGUACGUGAACACUUGCAAACGUACUCUUCCGCUCGAGAAGGAGUCCAUCAACGACGCGAAGAGAUUGUACGAUGAUGACAGGUUCCCUAAAUCUUUCGAAAAGUCUGUCCGUUCCAUCUUGCCACGGAAUGAAGAAGAAGCUCGAGACACGAUCAGGGUCAGUGGGGAUGUGAGGCACAUCAAAUGGCCCGACCUCAACCGGGUGACCAGCCUUAUUCCUUUCGCUUUCCCGCCUUCGCAAGCUCACAGUCAUGUCACUGCGAUCCCUGAGGUUGUGAGACAUUACGUGUGCAACCUGUACGUCCUCGAUUUGUGUGAUCCCACACUCCUCACAGACUGGCGAGAAGACGAUUUCGCGAACUUGCAAGGCGUUCUCCAAAUACUUUCGCCAACGCACUGGGCACUUGUGGUCUUCUUCCCCUCUCGUUGGGAGCUCAAUUUCUUGAAAGGCAUGGCCAGGCUUAGCGUCCAUCACGUCAGGACAGAGAAGUGGGUGCGCAAUGCACAAAAGCAGGCUACUGUCCGGGAAGGCAAUAUGCUGGUUGAGGAGUGUGACUGCCUGUACGUGAUUUUUAAUGGCGAAAAGCUGGAGGACAAUACAUUCGCAGUCUACGCGGCCACUAGCCCAACAAAGGCUUCCCGUGCUUAUGGUCCAAGUCCGGCCAAACACACGGUGGUGGCCCGCUCGAAAGCUGUGUGUUUGUCGGACCCGUCAGGACAGGCUGUGGCGUGUUUCGAAGUGGCAGAAGAGGGAAGGUUCUCUCGCAGCAUGUGGGAGAACGGCGGCGUGACAAGUUCUCAAGGACCUGCUUACGGGGAGAUGGAGCGGAACCCGUCCCGUCUACUUGGUCUACUCGAAAACUUUUGCAAAGCUGGGCAAGCUGUUUUUUUCUUUGGGAAGGCGCAUGCGUCUGUCGUGUGGGAACUCCUGCGCUUCGGUCGGAACGUCGUCGCGUUGGAGGACAAGGCGAACAUAAUCGAUUACCUUCACGAGUUCGUGAAGACUCGCGUUGCAGACACUUGCAAUGCUUGCGAGUUUGUCCAUAUCACCGGCGAACGAAACUGGGAUCCCAAACGUGACAUGUAUUGGAAAAUGUCGGGGAACAAAAGGACGGAAGUUUGGGACUUCCUUUUCCAACCCGGACCGCCUGGUCUGACCGACCUCGAAUACAGUCGACGGAGAAACCUGGUGUUCGGUGUGCUCAAUGGGUACCACGAUGCACCCAGGGAGUCUGUCUCGCAUUUCCUGAGAAGGCUGGAGCACGUUUACUUCACGCUGGCGAAACCCCUCACCCUGGAAAACUACAAGUCACAGUUUGACGAGGAGGACCCUUUCGACGCUGAAGACAUCGAGGAGCUGAGCGACUCGGAAACCUUCGAUUUCGAGUCCAUGCCACUUCCUCGGGUGGUUGGACUGGUUGGUGAUGAAGAGGAAGGUGGCCCUCAAAGAUAUAGCACAUCCCCUGCCGGCUUGAAGCGUGUGCUUCGGGGCAAACCAGUCGACGACCAAUCGUCUGAUGAUGGGGAGGAAGACAGAGACUAUGAUCACGAACCUUAUGACAGGCUCCCAGCGGACCACGAUACCUGGCAGAAUGACAGACUCUACUUCUUCGACAAGCAUCACCGGUUCGCGGCGGAGGAUGUCUGGGGACACAACGUCGUCUGGCACCCGAGGUUAUUCCAACCUGCUGUGAGGAAUGGAAUGUGGGUCAUGGCAAUGAAGGAGGCCGAUGGCAAGUGGAGUGGACUGAAGAGACUGGGAGCGGGUGCAUUUAAGAGAACGGCCAGAACUGCUCUGGUGGAGCAUUUGAGUCUCAUGAACCCCGAGAGGAACGAUCCGGACGUUGCUACGUACACAGAACAAAAGCUAAAUGAGUUGUACGCAAAAAACAUGUUGGAGUUUCGAGCGCCUUUCUACACACUCGAAACGACACCGUCUCAUGGCAUUGACUGGCUCAUGCCAUAACCUCCGUCAAGCGGUCAGCAUCCGGGAGGGGGUGGAGGAGGAGACGAAGGAGACGGCGGAGGUGGCAGAGGAGACGGCUCACAAUUUGCCAGA